AUGGAAGAGGAGCUUAGCGACCAUGAAUUGGAGGAACAACUACACUCUGUGCAACACACUAGAAGCGUCCCUCAGCCCAACAUAGAUUUAGAACCAAAAAAAUUUGUGUUUGAUAGUGCCAAGUAUCCUAAGAGUACCGUGCGUCGUUAUUGGCACGCGAAUGUUGACGAACCAUCGCCUUACCGUAAAACGAACCCAACAUACAAUAUUUUAAACAAUGAAAAACAGACUAAAGCCCAAAACCCAAGCCAAGAUUUAAACCAAAAAAAAAACAAACAUCCGGAAUCAACAACGGAACAAGCAACAAAGAAUGAAAAUCAGGCAAGACAUGUAAAAUCUAAUAAUCUAUCAUUAUUACUAUCGCCUAUACCUAGCAACUUGAAGAAAACAAUUGAAAUAUUAGACCAUAAUGAUAGCCGUGUUGUGAACAUAGAAUCGAGUGAUGAAGAUGAAGUAAUAGAGGUGGUGUUGCCUCCUAAGCCCACCAUCACUAUUGAGAGCUCUGAUGAUGAAGUCUCUCCUCUUCCUGAUGUACCUCCAAUAAAUGGCAACUCAAAGACAACAGAAAAUAAAAUAGCUAAUGAGAGAUCAGUUUCAUCAAGCCCGGUACCAUCUAUUGUGUCUUCUGUAUCAGAUGAAUUUAUUAGGGGUGACUGUAUUGCUCUUAAUAUCUCAUCAAAACACCAAAACAACCAAAGCUUUGACUUCAGUCUCCAUGGUUCUGAUCUUCUUGUGCAACCUACCAAAAAGAAAAAAAAGAAGAAUAAAGAAUUAACUGCAUCAUCAACACCAUUGAAAAAUACGGAAACAUCAAAAACCAACACUGAGCCUUGUUUUGCUACACCUAAGAGCAAAGCUAAAAAGAAAAAAUCCAAACAGGUUAGAUGCGCGCCCUUUGAAGAUGUCUAUGAUUCUGACAGCAACCAAUCUAUUAUUGACACCAAUAAAGCUCCGAACUAUGCAGUAACUGAUAAAAGUUUACCUAGUACAGAUGUAUAUGAAUCUGAUUCUAAUCAAUCUGAACAGACGAAAGAGAAAAAGGACAAUGAAGUGUCUAGUGAAGAAAGUACUCUAAUACUUGAAAAUACUGUUCCACCAGCUGAAGAUUUUAUAUCCCUUGUCAGUCAUUCCGACAGUAUUGAUUUGACAUCAGACAUGGCUAUAGAUGAGAAUAUUGUCAUGGCCAAUGUGACUGGCUUUACUGAUGAUGUAACAGUUGAAUCUUUCUCAGACGGUAAUCAUUCGAAACUGGGUUCCACUAAUAUUCCAAAGAUAUUAUCUGAAGACUUAGAUUUUGAUAAUUUAAAAGGCUACUCUCAGUUCUGUACACGACGACGCUACUCAAUAACAACACUGAGGGCUGAAAUGGAGAAGUUUUAUAAUGAGAGCUGGGGAGGUGAAAACUUUAACCAUAAAGAGAUCCAGAAGUCAAUGUCACGCGAUAAGAGCCUCUGGGUUAUUGACCCGAAGGACAAAAUGCCAUCCUCAAGAAGAAAAACAACCUGUAACUACUGCAACAGACCUGGACACCGUGACGACACGUGCCAUUUCAAACCAGCAGUCUGCUACAUGUGUGGUUCUACUGGCCACUAUGAACCUCGGUGUCCACGCAAAAUAUGCGUCAAUUGUGGUUCACCAAAUCACAUUUACUCGAAUGUGUGUCGUAACUGUGCCAACUGGCGCUACAUUAAAUGCGUGGAGUGCGGUCAAGGGGGUCAUCCGGCCUCGCACUGCCCAGACCUCUGGAGACGAUAUCAUGACACGACGGACUUCAAAAACUUAGAAGAGAGCCGACAGCUGAAAAAACAUAACCAGCAGUUCUGUAGCGGAUGCACGCGACGAGGCCACCUCGUGCAUAGCUGCAGGACAUCUGUACCCUUCUCUGCUCUACCAAUAAAUUCCCCCUAUGUUAUUUCCUACGCACCACUCUACCCCUGUAUACACAACGAAAAUGCCAACCCUAAUACACAGCAGGAUACAACCAUAUCCUCGCAUACCCAAAAAACACCUACAAACAAACGACAAUCAAAAUCUCCGACAGUCCACGAGACCCACCAGCCUAAGAGAAGAAACAUACUCUCAGAAUCUAAAGAUGAAAGGUUCAACAAAAGUCCCCAUAACAAAAACGCACAGAAUCCUAUCACUACCGAAAACUCUGAUCCAAAACCAACAUCUGAUACUGCUGUAGAAGACCAAAGCACCUCUAAUGUGGACAACAAAGGGCAUAUGAUACAAGACAAUGAGGUGUCUGACACCAGCGAAUUAAUAUUUUCAGCAAGAAUUUAUUUAACAAAAGAAAUCAGACAGGCCCUAAACUCAGAAGAUGGUAAAAUGUGGCUAAACAAUGCCAAAGAGAAGAACCACAUAAUUUUGGAGGAUGUCAAUUUGCAAAAAGAAUUUUUGGACAUAAAGGGAUCCAUGGGAAACCAAGAAGCCUUUCAAUCUGAACUUCGUGAAUGGACUAAAGGCAAGCAAAUUAAUGACGCGCCUUCAAAUAUCAAGAACAGUAACACAGACAAUUUAAAUGACAUCCCAAAGAAGAAGACAGUUCUGUUGCGAAAACUUAAUUCAUCAAUGGAUUCACUGAAGAAGUUUUUAGGUGAACCCAAUAUAUUGUACAAGGAGUUGAUGUUCCACCAAAAUCGUCGCGGUGAGCUCUUGAAACAGAAAGAACUGAGUAAUGUUAAAUUAGGAAACAACAGAGACAACAUAAGGGGGAUGUUAAAAAAACUCAACAUGGUACUACUGGGUCAGGCCGGACUCGCGGAUGGCCUACACCAUCUUCACCAACUCAACAUGCUAAAGAACCAGAUAGCUCAGUCUAAAAAUAUUACCGUCUCCGAAACGCUACGGAAUGAAAUAGGAAAGCACUUUCACUGCAUCUUCUCAGCGUUGCCGCGGGACGACUACGCUGAGCUGGUGCAGAAGUACAACUGCAUCAAGAACAGUGCUUCACCGUUCAAGAAGAAGAAAAAAGGCCCCUUCACAGUCCGGACGAAGCCAGGCACUAGCGUGACGCAGGUCAAUCCGAAGAGGAAUGAAGUAUACCUGGAGAUAUCGGACAGCAAGAAGAGCCUAUCAAACAGGUUCUUUAAAAGGAUCACCUUGUUACAUAGGAGGCUAAUGAACUCUCAACCGGCUGACCCAGGUGCUCUUAAGGCACACAAAGAGCUUGACACAAAGUUACGUAACGGUAUUGCUACUUUACAAAAACUUGAUUGUAUGUCCCCCAAAACCAAAAGGAAGAUGGAGAAGCUUCAAAACCAAGCACAGUGCUUCUUGUCUUCUGUUUAA